AGUUUCCUCCCGGUCCUGUCUCCUGCUGCUGGGAUCCGGGAGCUGGCCCGCAGCGGCUGCCGAUGGAGCUCCGGUGUGUGAGCGCUCCCCUGUGCAAAAGGACAGGCUGAAGGUCAAGGGAGAACCAGGCGCAAAGAACGUAUGGACCGAGCAUUUGUCUGAAAGUUAAAUGUUUAAACAUCAUGAAAACAGCACGGCAUCAACAAAACACCAGCUGUGCAGCAGCAAAGGCUGUCUGUGUGGGAGCAUUUCAGUUACUGCGCAGCUCGGAAUAAUAUGGGACAGAGAAUAAUACUAAUGGAAGGAAUCAGCCUGAGCUAAGUCACAGAUUGAAAUUCCCAUUCUCACACAGACAGGAAAACUGUUGGGGAAUUAGAUGGACAGACCAGUUGCCGGCAUCAUGAGCAGUUGGAAGGAGAGUUUUUCCCCCAACUUGGGUUGAUCCUCGCUAUAACAAUGUGAUGUCAGAGUUCAGAAAGGAGAUUAAAAUUAUUUCAUAAUAUAUCGGCUGUGAAAAUUAAUCAGAUACAGGAGCAGAAUGAGGUCGUUUGGCCCAUCGAGUCUGCUCCACCAUUUCAUUACAGCUGAUCCAUUUCCAUCUCAGCCGCACUCUCCUGCCUUGUCCCCAUAUCCCUUCCUGCCCUGACUAAUCAAGAAUCCAUCACCCUCUUUCCGAAAAUAGACCCAAUUACUUGGACUCCAGAGCAACUCAUAGCAGCAAAUCCCACAGAGUCACCACGCUCCGGUUAAAGAAAUUCCUCCUCAUCUCCAUUCUGAAAGAACAAAGCUCGAUUUUGAUGCUGCGUCCUCUGGUUUUCGACUCCCCCACUCUUGUCAACAUACUCUCCACAUCCACUCUAUCGAGACUUUUCAAUGUUCGAUAGAUUUCAAUGAGGGCCCCUUCAUUUUUCUGAACUCCAGUGAGUAGAGGCCCCGAGCCAUCAAAUGUUCUUCAUCAGACAAACCUUAUAAAUCCUGAAAUAUUUUUGUAAAUUUCCUUUGAACGCUCUGCAAUGUAAGUACAUCUGUUCUACUUAAGGGGCCUGAAUCUGCUCUCAACAGUCCAAGUGAGGCCACAUUUUAUAAAUACUCAACAAUACAUCCUUGCUUUUAUAUUCUCCUACUCUUCAACAUUAUUUCCUCUCUAUUGAGUAAACAGUCUGCACUCUCAUUGCCUCUAACAAAGUGGAUGACCAUACACUUCUCUGAAUGAUGACUUUCAUUCAUUGAUGUCUUUUGUAAAUCUUUUUUACAGGUUAGAAAUGACAAAAAUUGUGUACGGGAAUUUUAAACAGAACAACAUGUCAGUUUGCUGUCUCUGCCCAGAUAUUUAAGGAGUUACUAGAUAUUUAACAAUGUAUCACUGUUGAUCCUUCGAGAUGAAGAAUUUUGUCAUCACAGCUGGAAAAGUGCUUUGUGUCUGAAAUGAAGUUUUCUGUUGUAACUCACUGAAAUCCACUGGAACCGGGGAGCUGAGAACACACCAGCAUUUGUUCACUGGAGAUCAGUUCUUCAACUACAUUGAUUGUGCAAGGGGUUUACUACAUCUGAUAUUUGAUUUAUGAAUUGACAAAGAACUGUGGGAAGGGAUUCACUCUUCACUCACUCAUCUCACCUGCAUGCACAACAGCGAGUUCACACUGAUAAGAUGUCGUUCACCUGCGCUGAUUGUGGGAAGGGAUUCCCUCGGUCAUCCAGCCUACUGACACACCAGCGAGUUCACACUGGUGAGAAGCCGUUCACCUGCUCAGACUGUGGGAAGGGAUUCACUCAGUCAUCGCAACUGCGGAGACACCAGUCACUUCACACUGGGGAGAAGCCAUUCGCCUGCUCAGACUGUGGGAAGGGAUUCACUUGGUCAUCUGAACUGAAGAUACAUCAGCGAACUCACACUGGGGAGAGGCCAUUCACCUGUUCAGACUGUGGGAAAGGGUUUAUUCGGUCAUCUCAACUGAAGGUACAUCAGCGAGUUCACACUGGGGAGAGGCCGUUCACCUGCUCAGUCUGUGGGAAAGGAUUCACUCAGUCUUCUGUACUGAAGGAACAUCAGCGAAUUCACACCGGAGAGAGGCCGUUCACCUGCUCAGACUGUGGGAAAGGAUUCACUCAUUCAUCUGUACUGAAGGUGCAUCAGAGAAUUCACACUGGGGAGAGGCCGUUCACCUGCUCAGACUGUGGGAAGAAAUUCACUGACUCAUCCAGGCUACAGGCCCACCAGCGAGUUCAUACUGGAGAGAGGCCGUUCACCUGCUCAGACUGUGGGAAGGCAUUUCCUCGGUUUUCUCAAGUGAUGGUACAUCAGCGGAUUCACACUGGGGAGAGGCCAUUUUCCUGCUCUGAAUGUGGGAAGAGAUUUAUUCAUUUAUCUGACCUGCAGGUGCACCAGCGAGUCCACACUGGAGAGAGGCCGUUCACCUGCUCAGACUGUGGGAAGGCAUUUACUCGGUCAGUUGAACUGAAGACACAUCAGCGAAUUCACACUGGGGAGAGGCUGUUCAUCUGCUCAGACUGUGGGAAAGGGUUUAUUCGGUCAUAUCAACUGAAGGUGCAUCAACGAGUCCACACUGGGGAGAGACCGUUCACCUGCUCAGACUGUGGAAGGGGAUUUAUUCAGUCAUCUCAACUGAUGAUACAUCAGCGUAUUCACACUGGGGAGAGACCAUACGCCUGUCAUGAUUGUGGAAAGAGAUUCAGUCAGUCAUCCGACUUACAGACACACCGACGAGUCCACACUGGAGAGAGGCCAUUCUCCUGCUCCCAAUGUGGGAAGAGAUUCUCUCAGUCAUCCCACCUUGUGACGCACUACCGAGUUCACACUGGGGAAACUGUUUAAACAGGCGACAGGCUACAGGCUGGAUAUUUCACCAUCACAGUUGCUGAAUCAAGUUCAAAAGUGAAUGUUGGUGUCGAACUCGGCAAUUACUGCUGCUGUUUAUCAAACCCAGUUCUGCACUCUGUUCACUGUGCGUGGGAGGUAAUUCUCGGCUAAUGUUCCCGUUUAAUGGGACUGGAGUUUAAUGGUUUGGAUCUGUGUGUAAAUUAGAAAUCAGUUCUAAUUUAAAUCCUGUCCACACCUACAGAAUCUCCUUUCUCUCCCCAGAAUAUCAUCUCUUAUAACUGCCACAAGGCCAAAAUGUACACUUCCCUAUUAAGCUUCAGAGUGGACAGUGCUGCCGGCCUUUCUGUUGCUUCCAUGCCCCAACGGAUCAACUCCCCACCCACUCAGCAGUAUCCAACAAGGUGUUCUGCUGAGGAGAAUGCCCACAGGACAGCCCUGCACUGUCUUCCUAAUGACCCUGACCUCUGCUGGUGGUCACGCCUCUCCUGUCCGAAGCUUGUACUCUGGGUGUGGCCAUCUCUUCAGAUGUUUCAUUGAUAGUAUCUUCAGGCUCCCGAAUGAUCCUGAGUACAUCCAACUCCCUGAACCAGUCAGUCCGGCGAUGUGAUUGGGUGCACUUCCUGCAAAUAGUCAUCGGAAAACUGUCGGAUGUCCAGAGUUCCCACAUCUGACUGGAGGAGCAUCCCAUCCUGACUGCUCUGCACCAAAAUACACCACUGUCUGAAUGAAUUAACAUAUGCAAGAAAACAUCGAACGUGAAUGGGUCAAUGACAGUGGAAGUAGAGUGAUCAAUUGUCUGUGUUUUUGCCAUGAGGUCGAAGGAAUAGAGGCUGCCAUUUUGUGAAGCUGCUCUUUAACCCCCAUUCUGUGAACUGUUUGCUAUGGGAUAACCUGAUCAGAUCAACUUUACACAAGAAGUUACUGGUAUUCCCAUUGUAAGCCUGAAAUCACUCUCACAUAAUCUGUGUAUUAUGUACACUGUCAGGUCUGCAGAAGUAAUCUCGUUAUCUCUGAACCUGAAGUCACUCUGAGAUAAGGUGUGUAUUACGUACAGUGGCAGUUCUGCAGAAGGAAUCUCGAUAUUUCUGCUGAGAGUCUGAGCGACACAGUUUGUCUGUUUGGAUCCAUAGUGGAGGAGAACAAAAGAAAUUACCUUUGGCAUGAUGUUGUGUAGCCCUUGGACUACAUCCAAUGGAAAUCUGUUAGUCAUCAGCCUGAUGGACCUCAGCCAACAAGAAUGAGAUGCGUCCUCUGAACUGAUAAGAGUUGUUUCAAAUGUUUCAAAUUAGGCUUGUUUCAAAACAAGUAAAGAGUUUCAAAUGCAAAGGUGUGAUAACUCCUGAGACGAACUAUCAGAAGGAAGAUCCCCCAAGGAAGGGACUGGAGAACAAAUGAUGGAUCAUUUGGAUACAGUGGGAUCCCUUGUUCCAGUGUUGUGAAUUUGAGAAGUGGUCAGGGUGUGUAUUAGUACAGAAGGAACAGUGGAAUUCAUGUUUUAAGUUGUUAGCCUGGGGUCAACGUAGUUACUUUGUUGUUUGUGUAGGAAAAAUAAAAUGCGAGCUGUGAUUAAUUACGAUUUGCCUAGUGAGUUUCCGAACUGAUUCCAGUUGAUGAACGGUGAACAUAUUUUCGCGCCCUGGGUGCACUGGAAAAGAAAGAAAAGUGGUCUGGGACCCUGGUGACGAGUUGAACCACACAGUACGUUAGGAUAUUAAACUGUGAAAUGGAAAGGACAGGCAGAACCCAGGGAUUCAGAGGAUUUCAGAGAUUACUUUCAUCGUUA